CUUAUGUUUUGUGAACGUAUCGUUAUCUACAGUCUAUGGAUAUUAAAGAAUUUGUACUUGUCGUUGGAUCAUUGGCAGCCUUUCCUUUUCCGGUUCUGCAUCAAAGCUGUAACCAUGCCGCUCGCAAUUGAUUUAUUGCAUCCUUCUCCCGCGUCGGAGAAAAGGAAACACAAGUUGAAGAGGCUGGUGCCACAUCCGAACUCAUACUUCAUGGAUGUUAAGUGCCCUGGCUGCUACAAAAUCACAACUGUAUUCAGUCACGCGCAAAGGGUGGUCGUAUGCGCAGGUUGCUCAACGAUCCUUUGCCAGCCCACCGGUGGUCGCGCUAGAUUAACGGAGGAAGAAGAACCCGAGAUUCUGCAGGGUUUUCCUGGAUACUCUUCUAUUGAUGACAAUGUAGCACCGUACGAAAUUCAAUCAAUUGAAGAUCUUAUUGAGAAUGUGAACAACACACAAAACGAAGCCCUAAGUGAUAAUGAUGAAGACGAAGAUGAGUCAACUCCGGUUUUGUCAAACGCCCAGGCAUUAUCAGCUGUUUAUGAUUUAAGACGCUAUGUAGCUUCUAUGGAUCAAACCGAAGACGCACUGCAAAAGUUGAAUUAUGUUGAAAAUCUUUUAAUUGCUAAUGCAUCAAAAUCUUUUUGUCAAACCAAAAUAAGUGAUUAUUUUAAAUAA